AUGAAGCAAACUGUCUGCAUGUGUUUCAUCUUCAUAGUGUGGAAACUCAAAACUGGACAUACAAGUUUGGAGAAGAUAAUCGCACUGCAGAAGAAAACGUCAAACAUUAGGAAUCUGUGUGUUCUUGUUCAUGUAGAUCAUGGAAAGACAACAUUAGCAGAUUGCCUGGUUGCGAGUAAUGGUGUUAUCUCCAGUCGUUUAGCAGGAAAGGUGAACGCAUUUACAGGCACUCUGUUUGCCUCUAACGUGCUGGAGGAACAAGCAGAGAAAGAUGCAGAAGUUCCGAACAGUUAUACAGAGAACAGGAGUGGAGAUCAAGUGUACGAUUGGAGCGCAGGUUUGGAGCAAACUGAUGACUCUGACCUCUACUUCCGCCCUGACCAGGGCAACGUGGUGUUUGCCAGUGCUAUAGAUGGCUGGGGUUUCAGAACAGAAUCUUGGACAUUCAGCCUAACUUUGUUUUUUCCAAGGAAGGCAGAAAAUAAAGCAGGUUGGAAUAAGGACAUGAGGAUGGAUCUGUUACAGACAUUCUCCAGAUUUCACUGCACCAUAGUGGAAAAAGGAACUAAUUGCGCCAACUGGCCCGAAUCGCCACGGAACGCAUCCAUCAGUUUGCCGAGAUUUACAGUCAGAAGAUGGGCAUUCGCUCUUCAGUGUUGCUCAAGACCUAUGGGGAGAUUUCUACCUCAAUGCCAAAGCCAAAAAAAUCAUGAAAGGAGCUCAGAAGAAGAGCAGGAAUCCGACGAUGAACGUUUGAAGAGUGACUUGAUCCAGCCGAGGAUACCAUUUCGGAUGAAUGCUCUGUGUGCACAGACGGUGGCUCUUUCGGUCAAAACGGCAGUUGAAGAGGAAAGCAAAGAGCAUUUUGUGGCCUUAGCAUGGGUCUACAGCAGUGUCAUUAGGAAAGGCCAAAAGGUGUUUAUGCUCGGACCCAAAUACGACCCAUCGCUCACGCUCAAAUCGAUGCCUGAGGGUUGUUCGGCAACUGAUGCUUUGCCCACCAUACCCCACAUGGCCUGCUGUACAUUGGAGAGUCUUUACCUGCUGAUGGGCUGUGAGCUGGAAGAACUGGAUGAAGUUUCCUCAGGAAAUAUUCUCGGAAUGUGGCUGCAUCACUCUUGCCUUCACCUGCCAUUCGCACUAGGAGGGCACGCAGCACCCCAGUCGAAAAUCAGAAAGAGAAUGUGGCUGCAUCACUCUCACCUUCACCUGCCAUUCGCACUAGGAGGGCAUGCAGCAAUGUAAUGGAAAAUCAGAAAGACUAUAAGAAUAAUAGUGAUCAGACACCUGUUGCAAAGAGGGCCAAGACAAACAUUCAGGCAAGCAACAGGCAGUCCACUCUGUCAUGGAAAACGGAGACAGAUAUUGACAUGGUUCCACAGACUCUGAGAUUCCUGCAUGCACGGG